UAGAAGUACCUAUGGUUAUUAAUGUCUCUUGGACUAAAUGUUUUUUAAAAACCCAUCAACUAUAUGCUCAAGCAAAGUAUGGUAAAAGAAUUAAAAUGCUUGCUUAUAGCUAUCAUUUGGGUGUAUUAAUGAUGGCUUGUCCAAAAAAUAAAGAGAAACAGAUUAAUCCUAAAAAUAAAGCCAUGUAG